CCCAGUCAAGACUCCUCUCUUUUUCUUCGCCCCACACUUACAGAACCAUGGCAGACAAAGCUCCCGAAGUCGACAACACCACCAUUGCGAACCCUGAGGUGAUUACCAAGUACAAGGACGCUGCCGAAAUCGCCAACACCGUCCUCGCCAAGGUCAUCAAGCUCUGCGUUGUCGAUGCCAAGAUCAUGGAUAUCUGCGUUGAAGGUGACAAGCUCAUCAACGAAGCCACCAGCCGUAUCUACAACAAGGGCAAGCUCUCCAAGGGUGUUGGUUUCCCUACCUCCAUCUCUGUCAACAACUGUGUUGCUCACUUCUCGCCUCUUCCCAGCGACCCCGAAGCCGCUCAGACCCUCAAGGAAGGCGAUGUUGCCAAGAUUCAAUUGGAUGCUCAGAUCGAUGGUUACUGUUCGACCGUCGCCCACACUGUGAUUGUGGGUGCUUCCGCUGACAAGCCUGCUACUGGCGUCAAGGCCGAUGUUGUGCAAGCUGCUCAUGAAGCUUUGGAAGCUGCCGUUCGUUUGAUCCGUCCCGGUAACAAGAACAUGGAAGUCACCAAGGUCGUUGACCAAAUCACCGAAGCUUACGGUACCAAGGCCGUCGAAGGCAUGCUUUCUCAUCAACAGUUGAAGAACGUCACUGACGGCAAGAAGCAAAUCAUCUUGAACCCCAGCGAAGCCCAUCUCCGCGAUUUCGCCCGUAUUGAAUUUGCUGAAAACGAAGUCUACUGUGUCGACAUUCUUGUCUCCUCCGGUGAAGGCAAGGUCCGUCAGUUGAACUCGCGUACCACCAUCUACAAGAAGACCGAUAUCCGUUAUCAGCUCAAGUUGGCCGCUUCCCGUCAAGUGUUGUCCGAUAUCCAGGCCAAGGCCGGUAGCUUCCCCUUCUCUCUUCGUGACCUUCCCGAUGAACGCAAAGCUCGCAUGGGUAUUGUCGAAUGUGCCAAGCACCAAACCGUGCUGCCCUACGAUAUCAUGUUUGAACGUGAAGGUGCCGUUGUCGCUCAAUUCUUGACCACUUUGUUGGUCACCAAGAACGGUAACAUCAUGGUCACCAACCCCAGCUUCGACCAAUCCCUUGUCAAGUCCGACAAAUCCAUCAAGGAUGAAGAGAUCAGCAAACUGUUGGCCUCGCCUUUCCCUGCUGUCCCCAAGAAGAACAAGAAGAAGAAAGCCGCUGCCCCCGCCGAAGCUGCCAAGCAAUAAACAAUUUUAAAGGAAAAAAAAAAAAGAAAAUUUGGCGCAUGUAUUGAACAGUCUCAAGUAAUAAAAACAAAACCUUCCAGCAUAAUUUACUGUAUGAAUAGUAAAAAUACGCUGGAUUUUGUACAAA